CUGCAGGGGGGCUGGGGGCUCGAGCUGCCCUGGCCGCAGGGAGUGCCCAGUCUCUGUCUCUGCGCCGGACAUGUCGCAACUCCCUGAUAACAACGGCUAUAAAGGGGUCACGAGGCCGGCCGCGGCCACAGCGGCCGGACAGGGCAGGGGACAGCGGCGAGCGGACCCUCCCCGAGCUGCCACCAUGCCCCGGCUUCUGCUCUUCCUCCUGUUCCUCAUCCUUGGCCGCGCCAUCGCUGUGUCCGACAUCACCCCCGGGCCGGCUGCCAGUGACCAGGAGCUGGCUGAGCAGGACCGGGCGCUGCUGGCGGGGCUGGCGGGGCUGGCGGAGCCCGUCUGGCCGCGGGCACUGGGGGUCCCGUGCCGGACCCUGCGCCCCGCCGCCCUGCCCGGCUUCUCCCGGCUGCCGCCGCUGCCCCGCGGCCUGGCCCGUGCCGCCCUGGCCCUGGCGCUGCUCGGGGCCGGCUGUGCCCCCCAGGCCGAGGCCGAGGCGCUGGAGCUGGAGCGGGAGCUGGGGACCCCCACGGCCGCGGCGCUGCUGCGGGGGCUGGCGCGGCUACCGGGCACUCCGGUCCCCCGGCCGCUGGCCCUGCUGCUCCUCAGCUUGGCCCGGCCGGGGGGCUCUGCCUGUGCGGAUCCCACCCAGCUCCGGACCCCCGUGCCCGGCACAGAGCCCACGCCGCUCUCAGGCCACGGUGUCCGGGAGUUCCCGGGUGUCCGGCUGUGCCGAGGCACCGUCCGGCGCCGGCGGGAGGACGAGGACGCCUGCAGCCCGGCGGGGGAGCGGGAAGCCCACCGGGUGCUGGACUGGGUGCCGGGCGUCAGCAUCUUCUACAACCUGGGCACCAGCAUCUACUUCGCCUUCCAGGGCUGCGAGGCCACGGCGUCCACGCGGGCGCUGGAGGCCGCCGAGGACCUGGGCUACGCCGGGCUGGCCGCGCUGACCGGCGGCCUGGGUGGCCCCGUGGCCAUGGGGGUGCAGCUGGGGCUGCAGCCGGGGCUCAAGGCCGGCGUGCGGGCGCUCAUCGGCUACUUCACCUCGGCCGGGGAGCCCUCACCGGUACCCACUGCCCACAGCGGCCCCGUGGUCAUCGUUUGAAUAAAGGCCACGUGUGGCAGCCGG